UGGCGCGGCGGAGGCGCCCACGAGCGGAGCGCCGGCCGUGUGGGCGCACGGGGAGCUGGUGACGCGCCAUGCGGUGGCGGUGAUCGGGAGCGGCGGCCGGCUCCGUGGUCGUGGUUGUCGCCGCCGCCGCGAGGCAUGGCCGGGCUGCUGCCGCUGCCGCUGCGGGUCCUGCUGGCGAUGUUGGUGGCGGCGUCCCCGGGCGCCCGGGCGCUGGAGCUGCUGGGCGGCGCGGGCGUCGGGGCGUACGACGCGUCGGAGCGGCUGGGCGGCGGUCGCGGCUCGGGGCGCUGCCAGGCCAUCGAGAUCCCGAUGUGCCAGGGGAUCGGCUACAACCUGACGCGCAUGCCGAACCUGCUGGGGCACGAGCACCAGGGCGAGGCGGCGCUCAAGCUGCACGAGUUCGCGCCGUUGGUGGCUUACGGCUGCCACGGCCACCUGCUCUUCUUCCUGUGCUCGCUCUACGCGCCCAUGUGCACCGACCAGGUGUCCAGCAGCAUCCCGGCCUGCCGGCCCAUGUGCGAGCAGGCGCGCCAGCGCUGCGCGCCCAUCAUGGCGCACUUCCACUUCGGCUGGCCCGAGGCGCUCGACUGCGCCCGCCUGCCCACCAAGCACGACCCGCACGCCCUGUGCAUGGAGGCGCCCGAGAACGCCACCGCCGAGCCCCAGCGCGGAGCCGGCAUGCUCCCGGUGGCCCCUCGCCCGGCCCGGCCCGCCGUCGAGGGCAGGCCCCCUCCGGCAGGCAGCCCGCCCGGCUCGGCUCCGGGAGGCCCGUGCGCCAACGGCGACAAGUUCCAGUUCGUGGCCAAGAGCGCGUCGUGCGCCCCGCGCUGCUCCCCGGGAGUGGACGUGUACUGGGCGCGUCGCGACAAGGACUUCGCCUUCAUCUGGAUGGCCGUGUGGGCCACGCUCUGCUUCGCCUCCACCGCCUUCACAGUGCUGACUUUCCUGCUGGAGCCCCAGCGCUUCCAGUACCCGGAGCGGCCCAUCAUCUUCCUCUCCAUGUGCUACAACGUCUACUCGGUGGCCUUCCUCAUCCGCUCGGUGGCCGGCGCAGAGGCCAUUGCAUGCGACCGUGAGGACGGGCAGCUCUACGUCAUCCAGGAGGGCCUGGAGAGCACUGGCUGCACCCUGGUCUUCCUCCUGCUCUAUUACUUCGGCAUGGCCUCUUCCCUCUGGUGGGUGGUGCUCACCUUGACCUGGUUCCUGGCAGCGGGGAAGAAGUGGGGCCACGAGGCCAUUGAGGCACACAGCAGCUACUUCCACCUGGCCGCCUGGGGGGUCCCCGCCAUGAAGACCAUCGUCAUCCUCACCAUGCGCAAGGUGGCCGGUGACGAGCUGACUGGCCUCUGCUACGUGGCCAGCCUGGACGUGGCCGCCCUGACGGGCUUUGUCCUCAUCCCGCUGUCCUGCUACCUGGUCGUGGGCACCUCCUUCAUCCUGACGGGCUUCGUCGCCCUCUUCCACAUCCGCAAGAUCAUGAAGACGGGAGGCACCAACACAGAGAAGCUGGAGAAGCUGAUGGUCAAGAUUGGUGUCUUCUCCAUCCUCUACACCGUCCCGGCCACCUGCGUCAUCGUCUGCUACUUCUACGAGCGCCUCAACGUGGAGUAUUGGACUCUCCGGGCCUUGGAGCACGGGUGCCUGCCUUUCCCCGGGCGCCGCAGCCUAGACUGCACCCUGGAGGCCUCCGUGCCCACUGUGGCCAUCUUCAUGCUCAAGAUCUUCAUGUCCCUGGUGGUGGGCAUCACCAGUGGGGUCUGGGUGUGGAGCUCCAAGACCCUGCAGACCUGGCAGAACCUCUGCAACCGGAAACUGGGGGGCAGGACUAGAGGGAAGCCCUGCAGCGGGGUGACUUGCACGGGCACCCACUGCCACUACAAGGUGCCUGCUGUGGUGCUGCACAUGACCAAGACGGACCCUUACCUGGACAACCCUACGCACGUCUGAGGCAGGUUGGGGCCUCCAGGAAACAGCCGUGCACAUAGUUUGUAGCAGGUCAAGGAGCAAGGAGCUCCCGAGAAUCUCUUGUGGGGGGAGAUGGUGGGAGGCAGAAGGAGUGGCUGUUUGUGGGCAUCUGGGGAGGGCAGGGGAGCAACUUUGUUACGCUGUGGGUCUGAAGAGAGCAGCUCAUGGAAGCCCCCCCACCUUCCCUCCCUCCAACCCCCCCACCCCAAUCAUAUAUAUAUAGCUACGCUUCCCAGCCUUGCGGGUUGGACACCUCCGUUGCCAAAACCCAGCCAACUAUUUCAGUGUUUCGUUUUGGAGGCGAGAUGGGAGAGAGCAUUUGUCCAAGUUUAUUUAAUUCUGUAAUUUAUUUUAGACUUUUUUUUUUUAAAAAAAGAAAAUCCAUUAGCUGAAAGAAAUGGAAAAAGAGGGAGUGGGGGGGGGAGAAAGAAAGAAAGAAUCCCCAAUAAAACCUGGCUGUGUUAUUUCAA